UCAAAUCUAACACCGGAAGUACUUCAUUCAAUCCUCCCUCACCGCGAAUUAGGCGAGCAGCUAAACGUUCCAACUGCGUCUUUUGUUGCAAGAAAUUCAAUUUAAAACCCUUUUGUGGAAAAGAAUGAUUGCCGCCUAGGUGUUUGUACCGCCCACAUCUGCACCGUUUCCUCAGCGGAAUUUGAACGUGCAUCGCUGUGUAAUGAUGAGCGGCGACGCCAACAAAGAGUUUGAGGAGCAGCUGCGCCUUCAGGAGCUCUACAGCAGGAGGAGCCAGGAUGGUUCUGAUCCGUUCACGUACACGGACACCGACGGCACAGUUUACGACUGGGAUCAUGACAAGAAGGCUUGGUUCCCCAAGGUCACAGAAGAUUUCAUAGCUGCCUACCAGGCAAACUACGGUUUCUCUCAAGAAGGCGAGCCGGGUGUCGCCUCCGAAAUGGAGAUGAAAAAGACAACGACGACAAAGACGAUGACGAAGGAACCAAUCCCAGAGCAGCAAACAAGUGUGGCUGCAGACGGCAAGCAGAAAGGGGAGAAAAGGAAAGCUGAUCCAGGCUGGUUUGACAUGGAGGACACCAAGAACACCAACGUGUACGUGUCUGGCCUGCCCCCCGACACGAGCCCCGAGGAGUUCGUGGAGCUGAUGUCAAAGUGCGGCAUCGUCAUGCGGGACCCCAUCAGUGAAGAUUUCAAAGUCAAACUCUACAAGGACAAAGAUGGCAACCUCAAAGGGGACGGCCUUUGCUGCUACCUCAAGAGGGAGUCUGUUGAGUUGGCAGUGCGUCUUCUGGACGAGUCGGAGGUCAGGGGUUAUAAAGUGCACGUGGAGGCGGCGCGCUUCGAGCUCAAAGGGCAAUACGACGCCAGCAAGAAGAAGAAAAAGAAUAAGGAGUACCGCAAGAAGAUGCAGCAGCAGCAAAAACAGUUGGACUGGAGACCCGAGAAGCAAGGAGACGCCAGGAAGCGACACGAAAAAGUCGUCAUCAUUAGGAACAUGUUUCAUCCCAGCGACUUUGAGGAGGACCCUCUGGUCCUGAACGAGUAUCGUGACGACCUUCGCUCCGAGUGCGACAAGUUCGGCGAGGUCAAGAAGGUCAUCCUGUUUGACCGCCACCCGGACGGCGUGGCAUCGGUGGCUUUCAAGGAGCAACCGGCAGCCGACGCCUGCAUCGCAUCCUUCCACGGACGCUGGUUCGGCGGACGCCAGCUCAGCGCCGAACUUUGGGACGGGAGCACAGACUAUCAGGUGGAGGAGACAAGCCGCGAACGUGAAGAACGUCUCAAAGGUUGGUCCUCCUUCCUGGAGGGGGCGGAGCCGGCCGGGGGUCCCGCCCUUCCGCCAGAGGGCGCCACAAAGGUGGCGGGCGAUGCACCUGCUAUCCCGCAACCAUCGCACGAUGAAAAAAAGGGAAAAAAGGAAGACGAGGAAGCCAAGUCGACAGACAGCAGCUUGGCGGGAAGCGACGAGGAGGAAGCUUAAGCAGAGACGGCGUUAAUUGAGGAUCUCCACUCGUCACUUUAGCACAUCUGACUGAUCGUAUCAUCCCAGCCGCACGAUUGAUCGUGCAGGAGCCAAACCCCAUCCGCCAAGGUUUGUCAUUACCUCAAGAUGCAGCAAGGCAAAUUGUUUCGUACUAACUGACGAAAUCCAUUUCUAGCUCCUCCCAUCGCCCUAACUUAAGAUAUUGCUUUGGCGCCAUUUGGAGAAUACCAAGCAUUUAUCACUUGGUGUUUUCUUGAAUCGGGAAGGUCCGCCACCCCCACACCAUUAACUCUUUUAGUGACAGUUUUCAGAGCAGACAGAUUGGCUUUGGUAGUGAAUGAGCAAACUGCAUCCAUGUGGAGGUUUUAUGUUUGCAGGCAUGUUUCAGUGCCAUUAACGGUGAUAGACAUUCAAUCCAUUACAACAGGCAGUGGCUGCUAGCCAUAACCAGUUCAAAUGUUUGGACGUCGAUCACCGUCCAUGGCAGCCAAUGUGUUAAAAUAGACAACUACAGUGCUGCAUUGACAUCCAAGUUUAAUUUGUUUUACAACUAUGCUUGUAUAUUAAAUCAUAUUUCCCCAUUGAAAUGAAAAAUCAUCUGUUCCAGCAGCCACAAAAACAAAGUGAGCACAAAACCUAUUUGUACCUAACAUAUUGUCCUUGUUCUUGAUUAACGGUUGGCAAAGCAGCUUUAUGGCUCUUUAGUCCUUCCACUGCAAGGAAAGCAACAUGAAUUGAGGGAGCUUUCUUGCCACCACUCAGUGGUAUCGGUGAUGAAAUUACAUUUAGUGCUGCGUACCUCAGAAAACUCAUAAGUCAAGGUGUUCGUAUAUGAGGACAGUGCUGUAUUAUCAGUUUCUGUUAAGGAGGGAAUCAUGUAAACAAGCUUGUGAAAGUUGUGAUGUUGGUCCGCGAUCAUACAGCAAGAAACAGGAAGUGGACCCACUUUUUGACACGUGUGCUAAAAAGAUCUGGUGAUAGCAAUUAGCCACUAAAUAAAUUAGUCUUACUUGUCACCUGUUUAUUGUUGGCAACAAUGGAGACCGAUAAUGAGAGUGAGCAUGUGACGUACAGACGAGCUCCGUCGAGCGUCCAUUGGUCUCGGAAUAAUUUAUUAAAAAGUUUUAAAAACGUCCAACGAGUGGUUCUGACGCUGCCAGACCCGUGGCGGCGCUGUUGGCGUAAGAGUCCACAGAUGAAGAAGGGGGCGGGACAAGGCAGAAUGAUGUCAACGAGGCGUGGCGGGUGCGACGGGAAGUGCGUCUCAGGUCCACAAGGCGAUUGUGUUGAAGGUUCUGGUGCCCUGUUUGGUUCUCUAGCCGAGUCCAGAAGGUUCCGCCACCUUCCAAGAACAAAGAAAGGUCACGAAUAUACGCAAGAUUCCCAAAGAUUCAAAUUUUACCAGUGCGGGGUUGGAGAGCGAAGGUGCGCGGGCAUAGUCUGGCGGGUUGGCACGUGGGUCGUAGCCCAGUCGAGCCAACAUGGGAGCCACCUCGGCCAUGUGCUCCACGACGUCAUCGGGGAUGUGGCCCACCCACUUGGCCAGUGCGUCUGUGUUCACCGGCUUCACCACCUGGUCGGUAGAGCGCUCAACCCUGCCAGAUGUGCCCAAAAAUAACGGAAAAGUGUGAGCCAGAAUAGUCAUGCACAAUUUGAAGAAAAUAUCUACGAACUUUUGUACAUCUAGGAAGUCUUACGGUAUCUACUCACACAACCAUGAGAAAUAAAGAUAAACAUAUGUAAACCUGAACUGCACU